AUGCCGCACCUCGACGAGAUCGUCGCAGCGAAGAUUGUGCGAAAGCACUUUUACGAACUUGUUGCUACUACAAUAGGGCAGAAGAAGCAGAAGAAAGACGUAGAUAUAACCGCGGAGGGAAUUAUAGCGAGGCGACUCCACCCGACGAUUCGCAAACCAUUAGACGCUCGAGAACGACUACGACGAACACCGCCGCCGACCGCUCUCAAACCGCCGACCGCUCUUAAACAAUCGGUCGCUCUUAAACCGCCGACCGCUCUCAAACUAUCGGUCGCUCUUAAACCGCCGACCGCUCUGAAACAAUCGGUCGCUCUUAAACCGCGGGACGCUCUCAAACUAUCGGUCGCUCUUAAACCGCGGGACGCUCUCAAACUAUCGGUCGCUCUUAAACCGCCGACCGCUUACACAACACUACGAAUGCUAAUCCAGAAGUGUACGCUCCGCAGCCUAUAG